GCUUAACACAUGAGCCAAUUAAGUAGCCGUAUAUAGUUUUAUCGGUGCCACUUCUACGUAACUGAGAGGCACGAGUAAUCUUAUUGUGCUUAUAAGAGCGCACACAGGUGUCGUAAAGGUCGACACGCCAGUGCGUCAAGAACGGCGACGGUGGUCGGGCAAGCUCGUCGAGGCCAUGUCUCUCAACGGUCGUCUAGCACUGGUGACUGGAGGUGCCAGCGGCAUCGGCGAGGCCGUGUGCCGUGCGCUGGCCGAAGAAGGUGCCGCCGUGGUAGUCGCCGACAAGCACAUCGAGGCUGCGAGGCAAGUAACCGCCUCUCUACCAGGUGACGAAAAGCAUCGGGCCGUGUACGUGGAUGUCGGUGAUUCGGCUUCUGUGCAGCGGCUGUUUGACAACAUCAACGAUGCAAACGCAGCACUGCCCCUAAGCGCUGUGGUCAACUGCGCCGGAAUUAUUGGUUUCGCGCCAAUCGUGGACUGCAGCGAGGACGUGUUCGACGACAUCAUCAGGGUCAACCUCAAGGGCACUUUCCUGGUGAUUCGGGAGGCUAGCCGCUACAUUCUUCGUUCGGGUCAGCCGAUUCCCGAAGGAGGUGCAGCCAUCGUAAACGCCGCGAGCAUCUUCGGCAAGAGUGGCCAAGAAAAUGCGGCGGCGUACUGCGCUUCCAAGGGCGGAGUCGUGGCGCUCACCAAGUCGUCAGCGCAAGAACUGGCACUACACAACAUUCGCUGCAACGCCGUGCUUCCGGGCUGUACUGAGACACCGAUGAAUGCCACUGCACCCGGAGACAUGAGAGCUAAGGCGAUUGCUUCGACGCCACUUAAGAGAAUGGCUCAGCCGCGAGAGAUUGCGGAAGCCAUCAAAUUCCUGUGCUUGCCAAAAGCGAGCUCUUUUGUCACGGGUGCCGCGCUCGAAGUCACAGGAGGCUGGCGCAUGUGAUUUCCCGUCAAGUGCGUCUGCGUUAAUCUCGUGGUUCUAUAGUCACCGGGAUCGUUGUCUGAACCUGAAGAGAUUCGCUAUGAUCAUAACAUAUAUCAUAUCAGUAUCA